UUAAUGGAAAAUUAAAUAGGGUCUAGUGUUUACUAUAAUUUAGAUUUCGUCUAAUUGUUUUUCAGACUCAAUAACUUCUUUUUGUUAGAAAGUUUUAAUCGAACAAUGGGUUUAAGAAAAUGAUCAAAGAGUUAGAAAUAUUUUAAAAAAUUAAGGCUUGAUAAGCAUGUAAAUGUAGAUUUUGUAGAAAGAUUGGUCGACUUAGCAUCAUAGAAUUGCAAAGAAUAUGCAGGAGAUGUUGAGAAGAAUUGAUGAAUUGUAAGAAUAAAUUUCUCAUGAAGCUAAUCUUAAUAAGCGAGACAUAUAUCUGUAAGAACUUGAUGAGGCAACGAAGCAAUUAGAUUAAUAAAUUGAAAAUAUCAGUGAAAUGGGUUAAUAGCUUAGACUGAUAACUGAUUUUGUAAAUCAUAUUCGAAAAGGUUUAAUCAGACUUGAGGGAAAAAUUAAUUAAAUGAAAGAAUAACUCAAAAGUAUUGGAAAUGAUGUUAAAUUUUUGAGAGGAAAAUCUGUUGAAUAAUUAUUUGAAAUUAGAAAAUGGAAGGUAUUGAAAGAGGCUGCACUUAAGAAUGCUAAAUCUAUUUAUGUAUCAUUAGAAACCAAAGUGAUAUAUCAACUGAAUUAAGAAGAAGGACACAAGAAAGGAUAGGAAUAAGUAAAUAAAAAAGAAUAAGAUGAAGGAAAUAAGGAGGGAGAGGAAGAAGGAAAUAAGGUUGAGGAAGGAUAGGAAGAAGGAAAAUAGGAAGUGUAAGAAGAAGGAAAUGAGAAAAAAUAAGAUGAAGGAAAUGAGAAAGGAUAAGAAGAAGGAGAGGAUGGGAUAAAGAAUGAAGAAAAGAAGAGUAUUUUGAUCAAUUUGGAUAAUAUAUAUGAUAAACAAGGAGAAUUGAAUGAAUUUUUAUUUGAUGAGUAAAAAACAGUAUUAUUAAUUCAUGGGGUAGCUGGAUCUGGCAAAAGUACAGCAGCUAAGAAAAUAGAGGAAUUUAUUUGGAUAUUACAUAACAAUAACAAAAGAAUUAGAAAUCAGAUUCUCAUACCUGUUUAUAUCUCCUUGCCCUCGUUAAAAAACCCUAUUUUUUCAUCAGUAGAGGAGGCACUUCAUUAGGAUGAGUAUGGCUUUGACGAACUUUAACUAAGAGAAUGCAAAGAGAUGUUAGAAAAGAAAGAAUUCAGAUUGUUAUUGAUAAUGGAUAGCUAUGAUGAAAUGAAACUAGAGAAUAUUUAAAAAAAUUUAUAUAUGAAUAAUAAAGUCAAAUAGAAUUGGUCAGACCCACUUGUUAUUUUUACCACAAGAAGCGAAAUUUUUACAAGUAGUAAUUAUGUCUAUUGGUUUGCACCUGAUAAAGUGGAAAAUUUAAAGGAAAUUCAGCUUUAAAAAUUUAAUUCUGAUUAAAUAAUGGAAUACUUAAAAAAAUUCACAAUUUAAAGUGUUAAAAUGUUGAUUUUUGAAAUAUUUGAAUGGCAAACAUAAAUUUCAAAUUAAGGAGGAUUGGAUAUCAAUAAUUUUGAAAAGAGUUGGGAUAAAUUGAAGGAAUUAUGUUUGAGCAUAACAAAUUUCAAUGGUGAAACCCUUUUGAAUUAAAAAUAAAUAGAGAACAUUUUAUCAUUUUUGAAGAAUAAUGAAUUCUUUACUUUAAAAAGAAAUGAAGCUUUAAGAAGUGUAAUGAUUAAAUUAUAAAAACUGUGGAGUGUUGAAAAGUAUGAAAAGAUGAUGUAGCAAAUAAAUUUAUAUAGAUUGAUAGAAACUCCAUAUAUGAUGGAAAUAAUAGUUUAAGUGUUGCCUAAAAUGAUGGUGAAAGCUUCUGAUAUCAUUAAUUUAAGAUAAAAUUUUCUAAAAAAUUUCCCAAUCAUGCUUUAUGAGUUUUAUAAAAGUAACUAUCUGAAUAGAAUGUUUAAAUAGCAAUAGAAAAUGUAUAUAAAAUAUGAUAAGAAUUAAAAGGAAUAAAAGGAUAAUAUUGAAAAAGGAAUAAUAGGAUAAUAAUGA